AUGUUUGUCCCAAAAGCAGCCUCACGAAAUCCUCGACGUCGCCCUCGCACGAGCUCCGACGACUCAGUGAAACCACCUAAAGCUAAGAGACAGCGCUCCGUGUUGCGCCAGAGAGGGGACUCGCCAUCUACUACUGUGGAACAAGAGAAUGGACAAGAAUCAGCAGAAUCAAUCGCAUCAAUCGUACCUGGCGAUCGCAAUGAUGCGGAUUUACACCUUCCCAUUCGGCCUGGAAAGCCAAAUGACGAAACUGGUAGCGACCAUGAUGGAACCAUUGCUUUGUCAAGCACAGAUUACUACACAGCCGAUCAACUUCCAGCAUUGCCUGACCAGAUCCGGGCAUUGAAUGCUUUUUUUGCAACCGGCCAGCAUUAUGCACUCGCGUUGACCCACUCUCAUGCGAUCGUAUGGCCUUAUUCUGUUUCAGCAUCCGCGCCACCCCCCUCGGAGACAUUUACCAUAUCGAUCCCGGAGUCUUGUCGAGAUGUUAAUGGGACCGCGCCACUUGGUAUCCUUCUUUCAACUGCCACUGGAGAGUAUCCUGGUCUCUUGGUGAUAAUUCCAUCAACCGGAAGGAUAAUUUACUGGGAAACAGUGUCUAGUGCUGCGAUACUUGGACUAUCUCGACAGAAACAGAAUGGAAUCCAGGGUUUUACACCUGGCCUCCUAUCUGGUGAAUACGCCAUUGAACUUAUGAACUGCGAGCCUUCAGGCCUGAUUGCAAACUUUUCCUCGGGACGUACAGCGCAUAUCACACUCAGAGACCCCCAAGGAAAACCCUGUGUGCUUGUGAAUUUCUUGAGAAGCACAGUUGGUACUGGAAGCGGAGGAUUCCUCGGGGGAAUCAAGAGUGUUUUGGGCGGCGGGUAUUGGAGGAAAGAAGUCGCCGCUGUGCAUACCGGUGGAAGCCGUCAGCGUGGCCAACGAGAUGUGAUUAUUGCCACUUCAAUCGGUCUCGUGGAGAUAUGGGAUACUCACUGGAACCAUGGAAAUGCGCUGAAGAGGAAAUUCAGUGUCAAGGAGGACAUUGCCGCUGCAAUUUCUAGCGAUUCCCUUGAGCUCGGAAAGCCAGCGGCGGAACUGGACCUGAAGAUCAUGGACUUCGCAUGCUCCAGCGAACAAUCCGUUGAAGAGUCUACUUCCCAGGAUGUUGAUGAAUCCUGGAGGUUAUAUUUGGUUGCCAGCUCGACACAAUGGCUGGAAUCGAAAAAAAUCUUUGUCGUCGAAUUGCAUUUGUGUGGCAGCGAAUCAACUGUGUUGUCCACUCGAGCAGUGGAUCUCAGCAGCAUUCCGACUAUUCAGAACGACUUCAAACCGAGAAUAUUGAUACCAAAAUCUCAAAAAACCGCAUUCAUUUUAAUCGAACAAUCGGUCGUCAUUUUGUCACUGACGAAAGUUAUUGAAGACACACCAAGCUCGCAAUUACUCUCUGGCUCACGCGGGCUGUUUUUGCCCUUUCAAGAUAUUAUCCAUCUUCGGACUGGGAAAGAGUACGAAGUCCUGGGGUACGGCUUAGAGGAUGUUCCGGAGGGAGAAAGCCGCGAUUCAUGUGUGAUGAUGAUUCGAAACUUCGGUGUUAUUCGUGUCAACGUGGCUCCCCAUUACCUUGCAGAUAACGCAAUGGACGAGGGCCAACUCAGCGCUAAGCACAAGCUUGAACAGGCAAUAUUUUUUGGAACCAUGGUGUGGAAUCCGUUAGAUUUAGUCGGCGAGGGCGGCUUAGAUUUUACGGCAGCUGAGAUCGAACAAGCCUCUCUUGAGAUCUGUGGAGAUCUUCUUCGAUCGGAAUCACGGUUCAUUCCCAACACGUCAAUAUCGACCGAUGAGAAUUUGAGGCUGAGAGCAAAAGCACUAGAUGACCUUGCUUUGCUUUUGGGUCAAAAGGGAAACCCACUGAGUCGUUCUGCCAGAUGGGAACUACUGUGGGGUGCUGAAAAGCUCGCUGCACAAAGGGCCAUGUGUUCAUUGGAACAGAAAUUCCGGUCUGGAGAUGAGAGCCACUUCAUCGGCCAGGUUAUCGAUUCUAUGAACGACAAAUUCAAGACGCGUCCAAAUGCCGAACAGGGUGAAACCGACUAUAAGCGCCAGUGGUUUUUACGUGACUCCUUCCAAAUGGAACAUAUCAUCCCCUGGAUCAAGAAUGCAAUCAAACCGCGCCGCGGGAACUCUAAGCAAGCUCGGAAAUUAUCGGAGCAAAUUCUACAAGCAAGCGAGCUGCUGCUCGCGAUAAUGGAGACGGCGUAUCAAUUCCGUGAUCGACAUGCUUCGUCGUAUGGACUUGGUGAUGAUUUUCUGGAGGAUGGUGUUCUCGCUGACGGCUACGAAGGCCUUUCCGAGUUCUGGACAUCCAGAGCAAUGAGCUAUGCGGAAACAGGUCAUCUCCUUGACUGGGAACUAGACAGUUGUCGUGCUUGGAUUCAACAAAAGACAUCCAACGCUGACUCGCCUGAUGGUCAUGUAUUGAAGAAAAUCGCUGAAAAUAGCGCUAGACAUCUCCGCGUUCUUGGCCAAAUGCACCUGGAGCGAACCCGCUGGCUUGCAGCUCAGCACGACACGAAAUUAGCCGAUGAAGCUGUCUCUAUUGAGCAUUCACAUGUCAAGGAGCGCAAAUGGCAACUUUUCAAACUGGCAGGUAUUGGCCAUCUACAGGAUGCACUUAGCCUUGCGGAGCGAUUUCGAGACAUGGGAGCUUUGGUUGAGCUAAUCAUUGAACUCCAAGAUCAGGUGAAAAGCCAGCCAUCUCAGAAUGCUUCAACAGAUUCGUUAGUCUUAAAAGAAACCGAGGCAGAUGUUGCUCAGCGAAUUUCUCAGUAUUUUGAAAAGUUCGGCGAUUCAUGGGCUAACGCAUACUUUUCACGACAAAUUUCAAUGGGGCAUCCCGGAGCCCUACUUUCUAUGCGGAAGUACCAAUCAUCAGUCACGCGUUUCUUACGAACAACACCGGCAUAUUCGAAGCUCAGCUGGGUCAAUGAUGUGAAUGGAGAGGAUGAUUAUGAGACUGCUGCAGUUUCUCUGGAAAACUUGGCUCUUGAUAAUGAGAAGAAGCUCUGGUGUCAUCGUGUUCAGGUCUCGCUAGCAAAGCUUGGCAGGUUGGCCUCAUCUGAGAAGAUGCCAACUUCUAGCUACGGAUCUGCAUUGCAAGAGAAUGUCAAACGUCUCGAUGAUUACAGCGAAAUUGACGAAGUACAGGAGCUUCUCCAAGUCUACGUUCAACCUGUUCUAGAAGAUGCAAUUGAUCAAAAGGCUGAGGCCGAGUUAGCUCUGGACCAUUUUGGGGCCCAUCUUAAAGAUGACCGCCCCUCCAUGCACGAGCUGCUUGGUGAAAAUCUGUCUACCCUGAUCAACCGAAACAUUGUCGGAGCUGACGGUUUAAUUGACUUGUUGACGCUAAUGGGAUCGGCCCAGUUCUCCGACUACGGGGACAAUGAGCUUCGCGGCCGGGAAUUUUACCAUGCGCUCCGAGUUCUGGAUCGUAGUCGCUAUGCGCAGAGAGAUCCAUCUUAUCUGUCAGCCCUGCGAAAAUUGAUUUGGCGGCGGUGCAUGAUUAAGGAUGAUUGGAAAGCUCGGGGGAAAGCAGCAGAGCAAUCAACUACAGACGAUAACAACACUGCUAAUUCCACCGCUCUCCAUCAUACGCUUUACUUUUGUCUAUCCGAACAUGGCGGGUCAACUCUCCAGUCCCUGUACAAGCCUCUUUCCCCAGCUGACAGUCUGAUGGUUGAUUCGGAAUCUGAAAAACUUGUCUUGCGCUUUCGACCCGAGCAGAGAGCUCGGAUCGCCAAUGACCUGAAAAGAGAGGAUGAUCUGCUGCGCGAGUACAUUACAACAGGAAAGCUGGAUUUCUGGUUUCAAAAUCUACUCUCUUCUAUUGAGUCGCGAAUAGCGUUGAAGAAGCUUUCUCGACAGCAAGAUGCGGGUCUUUCCGACGUGCAUACAGAUUCCAAGGCACGGUUGACAUGGUUACGGUUACGGACGACGGAGUAG